AUGGAGGCUGCUCAGUGUGCGGAUGGACUGGCUGGCAAGAUCCGGUCCCUUAUCGAGGCAGAGCUUGCAGAGAGGGUUGCCGAGCUAGAUCGUCGCGAACGCUCGCUUGCUGAGCGCGAGGAACUGUUGAAGCAGCGUGAGAAGGCACUAGCAGCUGCUGAAGCACCGACUCCGGCGAGGUCGCUGUUUCAGGCGCCUCCUGAAGCACCGACGCCGGCGAGAUCGCUGUUUCAGGUGCAAGCCGAAGCUCCACCACGCGCCGGCGGUCGUGUGACCCCGCAAGCAUGGAAGACCGAUGGGGCUGCUGGGGAGGACUGUGUCGAGCAGAAGGCCACACCCUCUACAGCAUCCAAGCCAUCGGGAGAAGGCAUGCGACAGCACCGACACUCGGCGCCCUGUGUCCGCAAGGAGAGUGCGGCGGAACCACCCGAGAGUGCAAAGGAGCCGGCUGAAAUCUCAGCGGUCUCCGCGGGCACAGCGAACGAGCUCAAGGACCUCUUUGAACAGAAGGCCCAGGCCCAGGCCUCCGCGACCGCGACGGAGCAGAAGCGCUCCUGGAAAGCGGUCCAGAACCGGCUCGACCUCCCAAACGCCGAGGGGACGGGCCUCUUCCGUGCGCACGAGGCACCCUUCCGGCGCGGCGUGAAAACGGUGGGGCUUGGACAGCCACGGGAGCGGCGAAGCCUGCAGGAGCUGCUCAAGGCAGACGAGUUGAGCCAAAUGGCCCGGUGA